UUCCGGUUUCGAGGUCCUUUUUCCAUCGUGUGUCGUUGAAGGUGCAUUGCUCCUAGACGGUUAAAGCAUUCCGCAGCGUGCACUAAGACCCCAAUAAAAAAAAUGGCCUCCAAUGACGAGCUGGCUUGCGUAUACGCCGCUUUAAUCCUGCAGGAUGAUGAGGUCGGUAUCACCGCUGAGAAAAUCAACUCGAUCCUGAAAGCCGCGAACGUCUCGGUCGAACCCUACUGGCCGACUCUCUUUGCGAAAGCCCUUGAGGGUUGCGACUUGAAGGCCCUUAUCACGAACGUGGGUUCAGGCGUUGGCGCAGCUCCUGCAGGUGUAACAGCAACUGCUGCGCCACCUGCCGCUGGCGACGCGCCCGCUGAUGCCAAAAAGGAAGAGAAAGAAGAGGAAGAAGAUGAAGAUGAAGACAUGGGCUUCGGUCUCUUCGAUUAAACAACUACGAAGUCGUCGAUGGCGGUGGCGGCUUCAGUUCAGCUGCUGCAGCUGCUUAAGUUCCAAGGUGACGAUGACGACGACGACGACAAAGAGAAAAUAAAUGUCGGUCCAUUUUGUUAUAUGGGG